AGACUGUGAGAAACUCCAGCCAGACCCAAACCCACACAUUCAUAUGGAGAUGUGGGACUAUAAAUAGGAGGGAUGAAGCCAGCAGAGAUCAGAUUCUCUCUACAGAGACCUCUACAGCUCAGAGAUCCAGCCAUGGCACCUACAAUCACUGCAGCAAUGACCAACUCUCAGGAGCAUCUGACUCUGACCCACAAGCUCAGAAAGCCUCUGGUGGAGAAGUUACGCAGAGAGCGAAUCAACAGCAGCAUUGAGCAGCUCAAGUCUCUCCUGGGUCCAGAGUUCCUCAAACAGCAGCCAGACUCCAAGCUGGAGAAAGCAGACAUCCUGGAGAUGACCGUUUGUGUCCUGAGACGACUGCAGCAGCAGCAGCAUCAAGCUGUGGACUCAGCAGCUGUUGAUCAGGGCUACUCCAGGUGUGUCCAAGAGGUGGAACACUUCCUGUCCAAGGAACAGGUGAAGACACAGUCCCAGAGAAGACUUAUGACCGACUUCAACAAGCUGCAGUCUUCCUCUGAUAAGAACCUGGGAGAGGCUGACUUCUCUCUUCUGAGCUCCACAGUCCAGACCAGCAUCACCACAGAGAAGAGUGCAGCCAACAGCGCCCCCUGGAGGCCGUGGUAGACACCUACAGACUGGAGUGACUACCAGACAAACUGAGACGACCACAUUGGUCAAAGAUUACUGGACUGAAUUCUGUGAAAUUCGAGGACUUGUUCUUCUGUAUGAAAAAGAAUGCUGUUUAAAUACUUUUUUGUGUAUUUAAAUCUUUCUUGUUGAAAAAAAAAAAUUCCUAGGGAAAAGUGAAAUAUGGAAACACUAUCUUUCACAUUAAGAAAGAGCAUCAUUAAUGUAUGUUUCAUCAAUCAAUUCAAAAGUAACGCAAGCGAGCAUUUACUAGAAUGCACAACUGUGGUACUUUCUGGUAAUAUGCGAUGAAAUGACGUAUACUAAUUCAUUGUCAGUGAUAAUUUUGAUCCUCCAACUGUGCACUGUGUGGACAUUUUGUCAUAAUAGACUUGAUCUCGUAAUUUUAAUCUUUGAUUACUCAACAUUGAUCUGUUAUAGGAUCAAUGUGUAUGUUUUAUCCUUUUGUCUGAAAGGUUUGCUUAUUAACCUGGUGCUUUCUAAGAUUGCUGUGCUGCUUUCUUUUUCUUUCAUGAAGAUUAAUUGACUUGACUGAGUAUUAACCUACUCGUAUCACUUUGUGAUCAUCUUAACCUGAUCUGUUCUAAGGUCCGUUUUUUCUCCUUCACUUUUGUUAUAAAGUGCAGAUAAUGUCCAUUUUAAAUAAUGUUUUUUGCAAGACUGAGUGUUGAUUAAUCUCAUACUGUCUGUGUCUUUUGUAAAGACGACUGUUCCUCUACUCAGUUUGAGUACAGUGUGCCUUGGAGAUUUUACCAAGUUAUUGUUGUGAUGUAUCAUCACAUUUACCUGCCUCCAGAUGAAAAUGUCAUACUUGAUCAUUGAGUUUGUUUGAAUAAACAAAAACAUAACCUAA